AUGGUUAAUGCAGCCCUGACGACGGCACGAAGCAAUACCAUCACGGAGAGCAUAUCUGUUGGGAAGCCCCUGUUGGGGGGCCCCUGGACGCUCGUGGAUGGGAAGGGCGCUCUAUGCAGCAGCAGCGACUUUGGGGGCAAGUACCAGCUUGUUUAUUUCGGGUUUACGUUCUGCCCAGAUAUCUGCCCCAAGGAGCUCGAGAAGCUCGCACAGGUCAUCGAAAUUAUUGACAAGGAAUACGGGGAGAUCGUGCAGCCCAUCUUCAUUACAGUCGACCCCGCAAGAGACACGGUGGCUCAGGUGGCCGACUAUUGCAAGGAGUUUCAUCCACGACUCAUUGGCUUGACCGGGACGCCGGGGCAGAUAAAGGACGUGACGCGGAAGUUUAGAGUGUACUUCAACGAAACUGCGCGAACUGGCGACGACGAAUACCUCGUGGACCACUCGAUUAUCCAAUAUUUCAUGGGACGCGACGGCUCCUUCAAGGAUUUCUUCGGACAGAAUAUGACGACACGCGAAGUGGCGCAGAAGAUUGGGCAGCAUAUAAAGGCUGACCAGCUCAAAGGAGAGAAGAAACGCCAGGAAGCGGAGGCGGAUGAGGACUGA